UCUCCUCUUCCUCCCCAUGCCAGGCAGGACAGUUGCCCAGACCUGGGAAACGUCCCAGCCGCCCUCCGGCUCCCUGGCGGCCCCCAAGAUUCCGGGAGAGGAGUGGCGGAGGCUGGUGGGACGGCUGAUGGAGGGUGGGCCCCGUGAUGCCGUAUCUGUUACCUGUUACCCUGGUAGGAUGGUGGCCCACGUGAGCAAGGACAUCCUGGCGGCCCAGGGACUGCUCCCCGCCCAGGUCUCCCUGGCUGACCCCAGGUGUGCCGCCACUUCCAACCACAGCCACUUUUACCUGGAGACCCCCCUGAAUGGCUGUGGGACUCAGGCCCGGGGAGAUCCUGCCCACUACCACAACACCGUCCGUCUCAGUCACUUGUCCCCCGGAGACGGUCCCAAGUCACACCCAGGAGAGGACAGAGUCCACACCAUUAAUUUUACCUGCACCCCAUCCAGCCUGGCCGGGGGCCCCCAACAUCCCCAGCCCCGCCGCCCACUCUUCAGCCUGGAGGUCUACGGCUCUGACGCCUUUCACAAGCUCCCCGGGCCAUGCACUGUGCCCGCCGACAGCCGUGUCUUUGUGGAGGCUGCCCUGGCCCGGCCCGGCCCCAACCGGGGCCUCUCCCUCCGCCUCUGCUUCGUGUCACCCUCUUCGGACCCAGCCCGGCGCUCCCCCUUCCUGGUGCUGCGCGGAGGCUGUCCGGCCGAGCCGUCCGUGACUUUCCUCGCAGCGUCCUCUCAAGCCCCAUACCGCACCCGCCUCAGCUUCCGACUGCGGCCCCUCUUCAACGCCUCCGUGCAGUUUCUGCACUGCCAGCUGGGGCUCUGUCACCGGGGGGCUGCCCCGCCCGGUCCCCACGAGCCCCCGCCGUGUCUCUCCCAGGAUGAGGCCUGUAUGGGUGGUGGCGGCAGCGAGGAGGAGAGCGAGGAGUCUUGGGGGCGAGGCCGGAACCCGCGCACUCUGUCCCAGCCCAUCAUCGUCACCGUGCCUUGGCCUCCCCGGGCCUCCCGCCAGCCUCCCCUGGAGCGGCCGAAGAAGGGGGGCCCACGCAAGGAGCCAUCCUCCCCCGUCUCCCACGGACUGGAGCUGGCCCCUGUAGUGGGCAUCGCCGUGUCGGCUUUUGUGCUGGGGGCUGCUCUCUCCGCCGGGCUCAGCCUCAUCCACAUCCACACAGCUCACCGACCCCUUGCGAUCCCCCCCAGCAGCGGCUCUUCGGACCCCUCCCACUCAAGGCCGGCUCACUGAGUCCUCGAACAGAAAGCGGUGGAGAAGCCUGUGCCCUGGAGACGAGGAGUGGGGAAGGAGAAAACCCUCAUCGCCUCCUCGGGCUGCUUCUCCCAAACUGU